AUGCCAGCACAUUACGAUACGCCCAGAAAGGCCCGUUUACGAGGUGCCUAUGAAUUCCUCGAAGCGAAAGGCCUCAAGUACAAGAAAAAAGAGCUUUUCAGCCAUUUUGGCGUGUCCGAGAGGAUUGGGCGUCGACUUCUUGCUGAGGAUAUCUCAGACGCUACAGCCGACCGUCGGCGCCAUAACAACCCAACUUUUCCAGAGACUCGUGGCCGCAAAAAGCUCUCCAGUAACGAAGCUCUUAGUUCAAGUGAGGAAUUGGUUGAUACCGAGGGCUUUGAAGCAAAGCGAUUACCAAGGGAGGCUAUGCCUGCAAACCGAGAUACCCAGAAGGCAUGCCAUACAAGAGGGAGGGCUAAGCGAAUUGCUAAGCAAGUUGCCCAUAUCGAUGAAGAGACCGCUACAAGGGGUCUACAGCACACCGAAAGUGCCCUUCGAGCACGACCUUUAGCCUCUGACUGGCAUGAUGUUGUUUUCUCUGACGAGUGCCACUUUGGCUUUGCUGACGAGCGCCCAUCGCAUAUUGCGAGGACGCCUAAUACAUGCAGCGACCCCUCCAACCUCGAGGAACGCCAGGAACCAGAUGAGAGCGAACGAAAGGCUAUAUACUGCUGGGCUGCUAUUGGCUAUGGAUUCAAGAGCUCUCUUGUCUGGUAUGAGGUGCCUACCAACCAGAAUGGGAAGAUGAACCAAAAGGUCGCUAUCGAGGCUAUUCUAGAGCCUCACGUUAAGCAGCGGCUUCAAGAGGCAGAGGCAGAAGGCCAGUACUUUGUGCUUGAGGAAGACGAUGAGUCUGGCCAUGGCCCUGGCCUACCUAUUAAAGCGAGGACCUGGAAGGAUACAAACGGUUUAGAUUACUUCUUUGAUUGCCCUCGAAACCCAGAGCUAUCGCCUAUCGAGAACGCAUGGUCUAUACCUAAGCAUUGGGUUCGUAACACACCCGAUUGGGACUAUGAAACCCUUAAACAGCUUACAGAGGCUGUGUGGCAGACUAUAAAGCCGGAAACGAUUGAUAGAUGGAUCGAUUCUAUGCCAAAAAGGCUGAAUCAAGUUAUUGAAUCACAGUAG